AUGAACCGCGCGGCGGUGAGGAGGAGGAGGAUGAUGAAGGGCUUGAAUAACGCGAGUCAUUUCCUCCACAGCGAUUGUGUGACCGAGCAGAAAACGGUGGUUUUACAGAAGCAGGAGAACGAAGGCUUCGGGUUUGUGCUGCGAGGAGCUAAAGCAGACAUACCCAUCGAGGAGUUCAUCCCGACUCCUGCGUUCCCGGCGCUGCAGUACCUGGAGUCUGUGGAUGAGGGCGGCAGCGCCUGGCAGAUGGGGCUCCGCACGGGAGACUUUCUCAUCGAGGUCAACCAUCAGAAUGUGGUGAAGAUGGGGCACCGACAGGUCGUUAACAUGAUUAAACAUGGAGGAAACCGACUCGUCCUCAAAGUGGUGACGGUGAGCAGAAAUCCCGAACAAGACGGCAAAACCCGUAAAAAAGCUCCUCCUCCACCCAAGAGAGCCCCGACAACUGCACUCUCAAUGCGAUCCAAGUCCAUGACAUCUGAACUAGAAGAAUUAGAUAAAUUUGAAGAGACCACGAUGCCACAGAAGUUUGUACAUGAAAAGGUAUCAUUGGACAAAUUUGCCCCGAUCAAGCCCCGCCCCUCAAGUCGCUUUUUGGCCUCACACAUUGAUUUUAAUCCGUCCACAUCUGAAAGGUCAGGAGUUGCUGUAGUUUCCCCUAGUGUUCCUGGAAGAUCCCAUAGAAGUUAUGUUUGUGUGCCAAAAAGCUGUAUGAGGAGACAAAAGUCCAUUGGAAUCGCAGGAGAAGAAAAGAAGCUCCUGAUACCUCCACUGCUUAAGUUCACCAGAAGUGUCUCUAUGCCUGACACAUCUGAGGAUAUUCCCCCACCUCCAGGUGUCUCUCCUCCAUCCCCACCUUACAACCCCCGUACUCUUAUGGUACAAGGAUAUGAGCCCAACCAGUCCAUUUACAUACAGAACUCAACAGGCAGAUGCCACACUAUAGACCGAGAUCUAGUCGGGUACCAUCGUCAAAACUUUGAACAAUAUGACUGUCAAACUCCUUCAGCUGCCCAGCAAAAAAUGUGUUCCCAUAACCCAUAUUCAGACAUAGUGGGGGAAACUUUGUAUAUCCCACCAAAACCAGCUCGUAGGAAGUGUACAUUGAUAAAGCAGCCAAAUGUUGAGAAUAGCUCUGAGAAAACAUGUUCAAUCCCAAUACCAACAAUCAUUGUCAAAGAGCCUUCGACUAGCAGUAGUGGCAAAAGCAGCCGAGGAAGUAGCAUGGAAAUUGAGACUAGCACCUCUGAGCAGCCAGACCAACUACAUCCAGACAGCAGUGUCAUAAAGAGCAACCCAUUUGCAGCUGCUAUUGCAGGGGCAGUACGUGACCGUGAGAUGCGUCUUGAAGCACACAAGAACUCCCUAGGGUUCCUGUCAAUGGAUCUCGGAGAUGAGGAUCCAUUUAUCCCAACCCCUCGUUUACGCCAGUCUAUGUCAAUAGAUGAAGGCAUGUUUUCCAGCGAUAAGAGUUUACAAAAGCUUAUGGCUCCACCAACUUCUUUAUUAGAGCUGCAGCAAAUUGGAAGCAGAGGCAACAUGACUGACUUUACCAUCCCAGAACCAACAAUUGAGCCCUUCACAACACACACCGGGAGCUGCCCCAAUACAGACGGUCCCAUCAGUCUCAAUGAUGGAGAUUUCCAAAACCAGACAUCAGGAAAGACUUUCGUCGAUAUUCGUCCACAAUUGGCUCUGGGUCUAGCUGCAAGUAAUAGAGCUCUGAAGGAGCAUGUGCAACCCCCUCUUCCUCCACCUAAAGGAGAAUCUCACAGAGCAAACCUCAACCAGCCACUCUUCAUAGACACCAAGCUACGCUCAAAUAUUGAAGCCAACUUUGUUGCCACAGCUGCAGUGGUUCAAGCAAAAGAUUGUGGAGGUUUGUUUAGACACACAAGAGAGUCUAAUCACGGAACAGAAAAGGCAAAGGAAAGUAAUCCAUCCGAGAAGUCAAAGAACUCCAACAACACAUCACAACAGCAGUCAGCAGGGCUCCUCAUGGUCCACACACAAGAUAGGGCCAAGUCAAAAGUAAACAGUCAGCCUAAUAGAUUAGAACAAGAAGAGUCCCCUGGAAUGGACAAUGCACCCAUUGAUUCCAACAUCAAACAUACAGCCCACAACUCCCAGCCACCUCAUACGAGGACCAUCGUCACCUCUGCCACCUCUGUGGAGGAGCCUGUCAGGUUUACCUGUACCAUUCCUCCGCCCCCAAUGACCUCGGUGGAUAUUGAUGAGGAGUUUGAACCCUUGCCUCCACCUCUGGAGUUUGCCAACAGCAUUGAUGUUCCUGAGGACCAGGUAGUGGAGAUUCUCAAACAGAAACAGAAUAAUGCAACCAUAGGACCUGUUUAUCAUUCACGUGCUUCUACCACUGACAGUGUGGAGUCCAAGUCUCUUUCGGGGAUUGUAAACUCCAUGACUCUUUACACCUAUCCUCCACCACCUCCAGAAAUGUUUGAGCCAGUCACAGACUCAGGCAUCGAGGAAGUCGACAGUCGGAACAAUGGGUACCCUCACUUUGACAUCAAUAGUACAAUUUCUACAGUGUCCAGUAUCUUUACUCUUUCAUCAGAAGGAAUUGAUGACACAUGUAUAGCCUAUGCAGAUGGGCAUACUCUUUCGAUGGACAGACCACCUGUUCCAUCAAAGCAAAAAAUGAAGCCCAUAAUCAAUAAAUGCAAUGCACUUUACAGGGACCCUUUGAUACAUGAGAGCAUAGAGUCUUUCGUACAGCCACCACCAGCCCCUCCACCACCCCUGGGUUGUGGAGCACAAUCUGAGCUUCGCAAAAAGCUUGCUCAGCGAGGCACUAAACUGUGGGAACCCCAUGAGCUCCCGAACCCCCUCAAUGCAGAUCCUAAAUGCAAUGUGAUCAAUGAGCUUAGUUCUAAACUUCAGCAGAUGAACAAGGACAGAUUUCCAACCCAGGGAGGGUCACCACCUGCAGGAUCCAAAAGCAUUGGAUCAAGAGAGUGGAUGGCCCAAGCCUCAACACAGAGACACUUGCCACCUCAGGCUUCCAGUCCAGCCUCGCCUCCUCCAGAAUCCGGGCAUAGCUCCUCUCUCCCAGGCUCUGCUGCCUCCCCCACAUUAAUAAAUGUUUUUAGACCUCCAUCUCCAUCUCCCAUUGUAAAUGCAGAGCAAUGCUACAGCCCCAGCUCAGUCAGCAGUCAGUCACCGUCCCCUCUCACACUGUUUCAGGCUUCAGACAAGCCCUUUGCUGACAAACCUGUCCUACUCUGGACCAAACACGAUGUAGCCGACUGGCUUGAAAGCCUCAACUUGCAGGAACACAAGAAGGCCUUCUUGGACAAUGAGAUCGACGGCACCCACCUUCCCAACCUCCAAAAGGAAGAUCUUGUAGACUUGGGUGUUACUCGUGUUGGCCACCGGAUGAACAUUGAAAGGGGUCUCAAACUUCUAAUGGACAGAUAAAGGGUGCAAACCCUCUGUAGAGUGCUUGGCAUGGAUAAUGGCUUGAUCAAUCCCUUGUUUUCUCUAACUUCUUUCAGUCUAUCUGUGAUGCUUCUGUUGGAAAUCGUGGGAUGAUGUUCCCUCUAUUGUUGUCAGAGGCACAAUAAGUACCAUAGACGCAGAACUGCACUCAGAAACACUUGGAGGACUUGUUCUUGCCAUCAAAAGCUCUGUUUAAAUGUCAGGAGUUUAAGAACUCUAACAAGCAGAGCUCGGAGAUCCUUUUGUUAUUUUACCUUUGAUACAGCUAUUUCUGGGAAAAUUUAAUUUCAGAUGAUUUCUGCAAGCGUUCUGUAUGUGGCAGAGAACAUGGAUACCAAGAAAAGCACUGUUGCUAGCUGAAAACAUUCAAUUCACUCAGGCUUUAAGAUGAACAUGUAUUCACAUCGUUAAUAAAUGUUGGGCACAUCCACACAUUCAUGAUAAGUGCAAGGGAUGGUGGCACAAGUGAAGCCACACUUGAUACCUGAUCCUUCUUGAUUUUCAUGAGACUGAAUGAGCUGAAAUUAAAUACACAUACGGUUUUCCUACCAUUUCCCCAAACAAAAAGGAUAUUUUUUGUGUUCUUACUGCAGAUAUGCCAAGAUAUAGAGAUUUAAAAACUUGAGGCUUGAGAGGAAGAAUGAUCUUAAUGAGAGCUUAUGGCAUAGCUCAUAAAUCAGGUGUAAUUAUUGUGCUUAUCAGCUGCCAUGGAUCACAUAUCAUCUAUAAAAGCUUAACAUUAAUGGAGCGACAGAGCUUUUUUAUACUGUGACUUGGUUGUUAAUUGUGAUAUUGUUUGUAUGAAUGUUGAUGUUAAUAUGAGGUUGCUGAGGACUGUAAGUAAGUGCUGGAGUUUAAACAGAAGGAAUGAGGUCAAAACUAUUUUGUAAAAUGAAAUGUAUGCAUAGAGGAAUAGCUCACAAUAAUAUAAAUAAGAUAUUGAAAAGAGAAGCUUGGACUUAAAUGAAAAGUCACUUAUUUUAAUGUGAGCUGCAGUUUUGGAGAUUCCCCGAGUCCGGUUGGUUUUCUUUCUUUGUCAGACAGUAAACAAGAGGCUGUAUUAAUCAGGUUUAGUUAUUAUUAAACUUGGAACCAUGUUUCUUAGACAACAUACAAUAUAUAUAUUGAGUAAAUUAUUACUUUUUAAAGUUUUA